CUUGUGGAAGAUGCGCCCUAACCUGGGAACAUGGCUGAGCAUCAUGGCCUUCUUUACACUGAUAUGCUUCAGCAAACUGUCAGACGCAUACCCAUCCAAGCCAGAAAACCCUGGAGACGAUGCACCCGUUGAGGACCUGGCCAAAUACUACUCUGCAUUAAGACACUAUAUUAACCUCAUCACACGGCAGAGGUAUGGGAAAAGGUCCGGGCCUGACACCCUGAUUUCCGACCUUCUGUUGAGAGAGAGCUCAGAAAGUAUCCCACAGUCAAGAUAUGAGGAUCCAUCUAUGUGGUGACAUCAGAAAACGUCCUUACUGUCAGCUACGUGCCUUCACAUGACCAUUUUUGUACCACUCUCACAAUACUGGCUCUCCAGUUCAGAUUGCAUGCAACUAUUGAUCUGCUGUCCAUACAAACUGCUCCUAAACUUAUAAUGUAUACAUAUUGUCUGAUUAAAGUCAUGAGAGUUGAUUUUGUAAAGUAAAAUUGUGUCAUUAAAUGUCAUUAUUGUAAA